UUUUUUUUUAACGUUAGACCUACUCUGUAUCGGCCUGACAGCUGUUUGAAAACACAAAAUUUUAUUUGCACAACUUUAUCGUACACUAUCUUAUGUAUCACAAUAUUAUAAUGCAUACGUCCAGCCUUAACCAGAUUCUGUAACACUUUUCUCAUCUUCAUGCACCUCUUUUUAUUCUUGAAUUUGAGAGAAACCGUAGUCACGUGAUCAAAUAUCGCCUGCACGAAAAUUAGUCGAGUGUGGCACGUGUCCAUAUCGGCAGAUGUGUCAUUGUGUGUACACAUUGUGUAUUGAAGACCAGAUUUUACUAUGACGUGGCAUGUUGCAUACUUCGCCUAUUGUAUUCUGUCAAAAAUUGAUUAUUUUUUAGGUCACUUAAGAUAUUCUUGAAACUUUUGUUAAGAAGUUUGCACUGUGAAGUUAUGAACUUCAUGGAAAGUUAAUUAGGUCUGGGAUCUGCAGAUGACCUAGGCUAGUGUGAAAUGGAUGAGUACAUUCACGAAUAUGAAUAUUCUUUGGUUCCCACUUUUGAUGUUGAUGAGUAUGAUCCUGAGGAAGAUGGAUACUUUGAGUUCUUGCCUGAGGAUAAGAUGGGAAUGACAGUGACCUCUGGGGUGGUGACCCUGCAGAAGGACUCCCAGAAUUUGAUAGGGAUCAGUAUUGGAGGAGGGGCACCCCUUUGUCCAUGUUUAUAUGUAGUACAGAUCUUUGACAACACACCUGCUGCUAAGGAUGGGACCCUGGCUUCUGGAGAUGAAAUUGUAGCAGUCAAUAGUGAAACAGCCAAAGGUCGGACCAAAGUGGAGGUGGCCAAAAUGAUUCAGUCCAUUAAGGGUGAGGUAUCCAUCACUUACAAUAAGCUCCAUGCUGAUCCAAAACAAGGCAAAUCUUUGGAUAUUGUAUUGAAGAAAGUGAAACACAGAGUUGUGGAGAAUAUGAGCUCCAAUACCGCAGAUGCACUAGGACUCAGCAGGGCUAUUCUGUGCAAUGAUGGUUUAGUAAAGAAACUGGAGGAACUGGAAAAAGUUGCGGAUACAUACAAGGGGUUGAUAGACCACACCAGAACGCUUCUCAAAUCCACCUUCGAACUGUCUCAAUCACAUAAAGCAUUUGGGGAGGUGUUUGGGUCCAUUGGUGUGAGGGAGCCCCAGCCAGCAGCCAGUGAGGCCUUCACGAAGUUUGGAGAGGCACACAGAAAUAUGGAGAGAUUUGCAAUAAGAAUGCUAAAAACAGUUAAACCCAUGAUAACAGAUCUCAACACCUACCUGAACAAAGCGGUGCCUGACACAAGACUUACUAUUAAGAAAUAUCUAGAUGUCAAGUUUGAAUAUUUGGCUUACUGUCUGAAAGUGAAGGAGAUGGAUGAUGAAGAGUACAGCUAUGCUGCCUUACAGGAACCUCUGUACCGCGUGGAGACAGGAAAUUACGAGUACAGACUAGUGUUGAGGUGUAGGCAAGAUGCUCGAGUCCGAUUUGCUAAGAUGAGAUCAGAUGUGUUGGUGAAGAUUGAAUUGCUGGAUCAGAAACACGUACAAGACAUUGUGUUUCAAUUACAAAGAUUUGUGUCUGCCAUGGCUAGAUACCACAAUGACUGUCACACAGUGAUGAAGGAAGCUGUAGUGUUUCCUAUAGAGGUGGAUCUCUCUCGAGGGACCUUCACUUACGACACUGGUAGCCAGUUCAAUGAUGGUGAGGAUGAGGAAGAGGAGGAGGAUGAAGAAGAGGCAACAGAAGGAUUAAAUGAAGCUCAGACAGGGGACCUCAUUAGCACAGACUGAAGAAAAACGGAUAUUCUUUAGAUAUUCAAUUGGCUUGGAAUACAGGGAUUUGAAAGCUAUUUAACAAUAGUCCAGCGUCAUCUCAGAAAGCUUCUCAACACUAGUCCAGCAUCUGCUCGCAUGAAAUGAAAAGGAUGUGAUGUUUACAACUUUAGUCAAGUAUGUUUACAAUUUCAGCAACAGUGUUGUGCAGCUUUUGUUUUGAAAUCGUUUAGAUUUGUUCAUGAUAUAUAGAGGAAACCGAUUUGCUUAUGCAGAGUUUUGACAUCAGUUUUAUACAUUUUCAUAGGACAGGCAAGUGAUGAUAAACUGUUUUAUGUUCAAUGUGCAUUUGUAAAAAGAGGCUGGUUGAUACAAACUCGACACAUUUAGUAGUGUUAAAUCUAGGAUCUACAGAGAGCACACAUAUCAUGUUCAAAAGGGCACUUUUCGUCACGGCAAGACAAUUUUGGGCACUUUCAUUAUAUCAUACUAUGAUAGUAAUAGAAUGAUCAUUUAGCCUCCUUCAAAGUUUUAAUAUACCUGCUGCCUUGAUUUUAAACUUUCCCUUCAACCUUGUGAAAUAAAGAACAAUUGUUUUUAUUAACAAAUAUUUUAAAAAGAUUUAUAGAAAAAAAAGGGCAUGGUGCAAUUAAGAAGGGCAUGUCGCCAGCCAAAAAGGGCAUGGCACCAGCCAAAAAGGGCAUGGCACGGCACCAUGCUAGUUUGUUUUAGAUUUAACACUGCAUUCUAUGUAUAGCACAUCUCGAGUACAUUACUGUACAUGUAAAUCCAAUCAUUCCAAAGGCAUUCCAUUUUAUGUGACCGUUUUCUUAGACUAUUCUCUAUACUGCAUUUAGAAUGAAGUCAGAUAUAUUUACUGUACUUUUUUGUUUUUGUAGAUGUUUAUUCUUGGACACUUUGUUGUGAAUCUCUGUUUUGUUUGAAUGAAAUCCAAUUUUUCUAUUAGAUAUUCCAAACACCAGAAAUGGUACAAAUUUUGUUAUAAAUUAUGUUAUUUAAUUUGUUGUGCAAUAAAAUAAUUUAUAAAUGAA